AUGAGUACUGUGGCUGGGACAAGACAAAAGAGGAUAAUAAUGUCCGUCCGUUGCCAUCCCUACUAGAUUUCAUUUCAUAUAUAAGAAAACGAAACGAGAACGACGUCGUGUGGAAAGUGGAAACGUACUACAAUGAGCUCGAGGGCAGAAGUAGAACCUGUAAGUUCGACUCGCUCCGAUCCUUUGAAUCCGGAAGUCGAAGCCCAACCUCUCAAGCAAAGAAUGGUUCCUCUUCACUGGCACAAAGUCGCUGCGAUCUCUGGAGUGGCCGCUGUUGGUUUGGGGGCAUAUGGUUCCCACCUCUUCAAUCCCAAAAACCCAGUUUACAAAGAGGUUUGGCAAACUGCCUCUGUUUACCAUUUAGCUCAUUCAGUGGCUUUGCUUGCUGCUCCAAUCACUAAACGCCCCAACAUUUUCGGAGGACUUUUGACUGCUGGUGUUAUAGCAUUCUCUGGGUCAUGUUAUGCAGCGGCGCUGCUUGAGGAUAGAAAGUAUUCUGCCUUGGCUCCAUUUGGUGGGUUUGCUUUCAUGGCUGCUUGGGCUAGCUUGCUUUUUUAAGGAUUUCUGUGCUCUCGCUUUUCGACUUUGACUAGUUCUCAUAAGUUUUCUUGCAAAAGUCCAUUCUCAUUUUCCAUGUCAAUAGUUUAUGACGUAAACAAUCAUUGUUAAUGUCAUGCUUCAGUGCUGUAAAGAAUCGUACACUCCAUGGUCGAAUAAACAAAUUUGAUUAAUAGUUACCAGUAAAGUUCACAAGAAAUCUCAUCGUUAAAAGAAA